AUGUGCAAGUCGGACUACGCUAAGCAGCUGCGGGCGAUAGCCGAUCAGGAUCGCUCGACCACGGGAAAUGCUUCGGGAGGAUCAAACCGUGCCUCCACGUCCACGGUGGAGGCGCCGCCCGUGCGUCGCUCCCGGCAGCGAGAUAUCCGUGACAUGACGGACCAAGUUGCGCAUAAUCGCCUGGAUUACCUGUGGGCUGCUGCAGUUGCCGAGAACGACCUCGCUUUCAACGUCAGCAAGUCGAAAUCGAUCCAGGCCUUCGUUGACGCGGUGAUCAUGUACGCGAAACCGUACACCCUCCCAACCCCGUACAAGGUAUCCGGCCCGCUGCUGGACAAGCUGAAGGCGGACUCCUAG